AUGGGCAAUCUUAGCAGCCAAACCGCGUUGGGGCAGCUCCAAGACCGUGAACGUUUACUUCGAAGGCGUGAAUUGGACCUUGACCUCGAAAAGCAUGAGUUUUCACUCCAAAAACAAAAAAUGGAAAUUGAAAAGCAGGGGCUCGAAAUUGAACAAAACAAAUUCAACCUCGCAAAGUAUGAAUGCGAAAUCAAAGAAAGAAUCGAAAAGCUCCAAGAUGUUGAAAACGAGUUUGACUUGAAUGGACCCGAUAUAAUCAGGCGGGCGAUAUCCAAGAAGUUUCAGAGUGGUAUGGUAGACACGAUCGAAGAAAAACUCAAACAGGGUAGAGAUAUGAACGCCCUUCAGCGACACCGAUAUGAGCGGCACGUCUACGAACAAGACCUCGAGGGGAAAGAAGAUCGUUUGGCGGAUUUCCUCGACGUGGAAACCAAACUCGGAGAGAUUGCUCAAAGGGAAAUAUGUUUGAUGGAACAGUACAAGAAUGAUCCAGAAAAAUUCGAGAACGAGGUCAAGGCCACAACGAAGGAAUAUAAACGAUUUGAGCACGAGUGGCAGAUGAUCCGGCAAUCUUUCGAUGGACCUUUGGAGCGAGCCUUUGAGUACUGGCGGUCAAAUCCUAAAUGGUAUAUGCAUCGUGUUCUUCGAGAGGAUUGUGCUAGGAUGGGAGGCUGCUGUGGGCGUGACUGUGGAUGUUGCCUUCAUCGUAAACCUUACGAGAUUGGCAGUCCUGUAGUUGGGCAUUGCACUGUCGAAUGUGGUUGUUGCAAGAAGGCUCGGGGAUUUGAGCUUUCCGAGGAUGACAAGGAGUACUUUGCGAUGCGCUAUGCGGUCUCUGAGGAUGGUAAGAAGGGCCUGGAUCUGAAGGAUCUCCAACUGAAAAGCUUCGGAAUGCAAAAUCAACACCUGCAAGAGGCGCUUACUAAGGAAGCAAUGAAGGAGAAUUUGGUUCGAUAUGAGUUCUCUGAUGGUGCAGUUGAAGAAUUCGAACGCUACAUGAAUGAAGAUGACACCAUGGAUGACGAUGAAGCCGAAUUCACCGACGAUGAGUGUCCUCCGGAUGAGAGGGAGGAUCCGUACUAUCGUAGGAUCUGCCUAGCCUCAAUCUGGGGAUUAGUGGACGGUAACUUUGAGAACCCAUUUGACUUGAUCGAUGAGGCACCAAUCUGUGAUCCAGCAUGGCAGUUUGUCGGUGGCAAACUGGUUGCCCAGGAGGAGAACGAUUCAGUAAUGUCAGAAACGGUUUGGUAG